UAAAAAUAUAGAAUUGGAUUCUAAACUUGACGCGUUUGUUAGUCACGUUGGGGAGAUCGCGCGCCGCGUUCGCGACCACGAACGAACGACCGUCCAGUGAAAAAGUUCGUGGAAUAUGUUCGAAAAUUUUUGAAAAAUUCGAGUGCACAAUUCUUUAAAAAGUUCGUUUUUUAAAUUCCGGAUUUGGCCACGCGCUUUGCCACUAUGAUACCGUAAUGAAACAAAGCAACCAAUGAUCCACGGACAGAUGUUUAAGAAACGAACGAGAACCCGCCAAUAUGCUUUUUAAGACAAAAUGGCGGGCAACAGACGCGAUGCGUUCAUAGCGGUCCGCGGGCGAGUUAACGGUAACGCGAGGUUGUCGACAAAAUGGACGCCGGAAGUUGUGUGCCUCCUUGCCCUGUUGGCCGGUUGCCAUUGUUACCAGGAGCAGAGGUUUGCCAUGGAGCCACAGGAUCAGAGUGCCAUAGUCGGUUCGCGGGUGAUAUUCCCCUGCCGAGUGGAGAACAAGGCGGGAACACUGCAAUGGACCAAAGACGACUUUGGUCUUGGCACCCACCGAAAUUUGAGCGGAUACGAGAGGUACAGGAUGACAGGGAGCGACGAAGAAGGAGAUUACUCGUUAGACAUAAGGGACGUGGCUCUGGAAGAUGACGCCAGGUACCAGUGCCAAGUCAGCUCCGGCUUGAACGGUGAACCCGCCAUCCGCUCCCGCUACGCUCAGCUGACAGUGCUCGUGGCACCGGAGCCCCCUCGGAUAAUACAAGGGGCUUUCAUAGACGCCACUGAAGAUCAGCCGAUUGAUAUAGAAUGCGUAUCUUCAGGAGGAAAACCGGCUAGUGAGAUAACCUGGGUAGAUGGUAACCAAGCUGUGAUAAAAAACAAAGAUAAGAAGAAGAUAGAAAUUAUGUCUGACGGCCAGAGGUUUCAAACGAGAUCAGUGUUGAGGUUAACACCCAGCAAGGAAAACCACAACCGAACUAUCACUUGUCAGGCGCAGAACACUGCAGACAGGGCUUACAGGAUGGCCACAGUUCAUAUUGAGGUCAAAUACCCACCGAAGGUGUCAGUAGAAAUCAAGUCAGGCUUAGAGCAAGGCAAGAUCAGAGAAGGCAGCGAAGCGAGGUUCCUUUGUAAAGUGGACGCUAACCCCCCACCCUUGAAGUACAUCUGGUACAUCAACAACGAUCUGGUGAUUGGAGACUACUCCGAAGAAAUGAUAAUCUUCAACGUGACUCGCAAACAUCAUCUGGCAGUAGUCAAAUGUGAGGUCACCAACAAAAUCGGCAAACGGGACAAGACUGUUAAAUUGGAUGUCACGUAUCCCCCAUCGUUCCUGAAUAAACCGCAGAAUGUAGAAGCGGAGGCAGGGAAAAGUGCGAUCCUCAAUUGUGAUGUGGAUGGCCAGCCGCCUCCGAAGAUCAGGUGGCUGUUCUCCGAGCCAGGACGCAUCGAGCAGGUUAGGGCGAAGACUUCGACCCAUACGGUGUACGUCACAAAUAGUACCGCCGGUCGGUACAUAUGCAAGGCUUCUGUGGAGGGAUUCCCAGAAAUCGAGGCAGAAGCUAUGGUAUUUAUUAAAGGUGCACCAAAGAUACUUUCUAAUAGAACCCAAUUCGGAUCGGAGGGUGAGAACGCCAGAGUGGAAUGCUUAGCGCUCUCCGUACCGAAACCCGAUGACAUAAGAUGGUAUUUCGAGGGUCGAGAGAUAAGUGCCGUUCACGAUCCGGAUUAUGCGACUCUUGAAGAGAGCCUUCCUGAUGGUACCAUCAGUUCUACAUUAGUGAUCAGGGCGAGCCAAUCUAAACAUUACGGCACUUACAGUUGUAGCGUCACCAAUGAAUAUGGGAAUGAUAAUGCUGCUAUCGCCUUGAAACCUUUGAGGACCCUCCCCCUUUUCAUAAUACUAGUCGGCGUGACCUCAGGCAUCAUCAUAUUCUCCGCCUUCAUCAUCCUAGUGGUGUUAUGCUACAGAAGAAGAAGGAAGAAGAAUAGGAAGAUCAACGAGAAACCCGAUGUGACUGUGACUACGGGAGACAUGUAUAAAGAGAGCGAUAGAAGUUCGAAUAUAAGCGAUCUGAAGCCGCAAUUGCAUCAAAGUGAUGGGAGUUACGAAUUGGAUUACACUAGCUCCGACCGGUCCGACAUUAAAGCGCCGUCCGGUCUACCUCUCGCCGGUCCGGUGUCAUUACCCGGAAUGAGGCAUGAUGACACUCUGUUACAGUUCCGGUAUAGCAACGAUUACUCAGAUCCAACGUAUGGAGACCCCUAUUUUAAGAAUCAAGCGGGAUAUGUUUACGACUAUCCCCAGGGAUAUGUGCCUCCACCAAAUUUAAGAGUUCAGUCUCCUGCGCAAUUGGAUGUGCCACAGAAUAGGUCUCUGCAAGGUUCACUGACGCGUAGUAUAGAUACAGCGUCAACUCUACCCUUGUCAGCGAGCAAUGGAUCUCAAAAUAACUCAUUGCAACGAACGAAAUCACCCGAGGAAACGGACGCCAUCAAUAGUUUGGGAUUACCUGUGGAUGGUGAUUAAAAAAAUCCACGCCGGCCAGGCAGCAGACGGGACCCUUUGCUAUCCGGAAGGAUGCGCUGACCAUUAUGCUAUUGCGGCCCUGAUGGCCGUGUCGAUUUUUCUCUAGCAUUUCUUAAGCUGCAAAUGCGUCAUCUACAAUGCGCUGCCAUUUACCUGCUACAUAUUUCAAUCUAAAGAAAAUACUACUAGGAAAAAUCUAUUCGGUCUAUGUGACAGACACUAUGUAAUGAAGGUAUGAUUAUAUUUUUAUUUUUAAGUAUUUAACUGCUAGAUGUUUAAAUC